CUUUUCCCACGUGCGGGCGUUCUGCUUUCCCUGUGUGUCCGCAGCUCGCUGCCCUUGCCUCUGCCCGGCGGAGGGCCGUACUGUCAGAGUGCACUGCCCCUUUAAUUAGAGUGGCCCUGCGGGCGCCUUCCCGGGACAGCGCGCGCCCGCCUGCCCCGCGCGCGCGCCCGCCUGUCCGUCCGUCCCCCGCCCGCCCCUCGCUCCCGCCCCAGCUCGCGCUGCCCGGGCGGGCGCCGGCCGCUGGCGCCGCUUACUGCUGCCGCCCCCGGGGCGCGAUCCGCGGCCCGCCGCCCGGGGACCCGGCGAGGGGCGGGGGCAGCUCCCCCGAACUGGCCCCGGGUGUCCCCCCUCUGCAGUCUCAGGCUUCCAGGAAAGUUUGUCCCUUUGCUCUCCGCCGGGAGUCCUGCCGAGACGAGGAAGGCUGGUGAGGUGUGAGGCCCAACCCAGCAUGACAGAAGUUGGAGGUCUUUGGGGACUACAGCCCUGCUGGUGUGGCCAGGCCCCAAGUGUAGGAUGGGGCUUCCCAUACGAGGGCCAGUGGCAGCCAGGACUGAUGCAGCCCCCCUGAUCUGGGGCCGGGACACCAGCUGAGUAGGGCAGGAGUUUCUGAAGCUAUGGCUGGUGCCUCAGUGAAAGUGGCAGUAAGGGUCCGGCCCUUCAGUGCCCGUGAGACCAGCCAGGAUGCCAAGUGUGUGGUCAGCAUGCAGGGCAACACCACCUCCAUCAUCAAUCCCAAACAGAGCAAGGAUGCCCCGAAAAGCUUCACCUUCGACUAUUCUUAUUGGUCGCAUACUUCGGUGGAGGAUCCACAGUUUGCGUCUCAACAGCAGGUGUAUCGAGACAUUGGGGAAGAGAUGUUGCUGCAUGCCUUCGAAGGCUACAAUGUGUGCAUCUUUGCCUAUGGGCAGACGGGGGCUGGGAAGUCUUACACCAUGAUGGGGCGGCAGGAACCAGGGCAGCAGGGCAUUGUGCCUCAGCUCUGCGAGGACCUCUUCUCUCGUGUUAAUGUGAACCAGAACGCUCAGCUUUCCUAUUCUGUGGAGGUGAGCUAUAUGGAGAUCUAUUGCGAGCGAGUACGAGACCUCUUGAACCCCAAGAGUCGGGGCUCUCUGCGUGUCCGGGAGCACCCUAUACUGGGCCCCUAUGUGCAAGACCUGUCUAAAUUGGCUGUGACUUCCUAUGCAGACAUUGCCGACCUCAUGGACUGUGGAAAUAAGGCGCGAACUGUGGCUGCCACCAACAUGAACGAGACCAGCAGCCGCUCCCAUGCUGUCUUCACUAUUGUCUUUACGCAGCGCUCCCAUGACCAGCUCACUGGCCUGGAUUCAGAAAAGGUCAGUAAGAUCAGCUUGGUGGACCUCGCUGGGAGUGAGCGGGCUGACUCCUCAGGGGCCCGGGGUAUGCGGCUAAAGGAAGGCGCCAACAUCAAUAAGUCUCUGACUACUCUAGGGAAGGUGAUCUCAGCCCUGGCAGAUUUGCAAUCAAAGAAGCGGAAGUCAGACUUCAUCCCUUAUAGAGACUCUGUGCUCACCUGGCUGCUCAAGGAGAAUUUGGGUGGGAACUCACGCACAGCAAUGAUUGCAGCCCUGAGUCCUGCUGACAUCAAUUAUGAGGAGACACUCAGCACGCUCAGGUAUGCAGACCGCACCAAGCAGAUCCGAUGCAAUGCUGUCAUCAACGAGGACCCCAAUGCCCGGCUUAUCCGAGAGCUGCAGGAGGAGGUGGCGCGUUUGCGGGAGCUGCUGAUGGCCCAGGGGCUCUCAGCCUCUGCUCUAGGAGGUCUGAAGGUGGAAGAAGGCAGUCCUGGAGGUGCUCUGUCAGCUGCAUCCCCUCCCCCCGCCCCAGCUUCACCCUCGUCUCCUCCACACAAUGGGGAGCUGGAGCCCUCCUUCUCCCCCAGUGCUGAGCCCCAGAUUGGGCCUGAGGAGGCCAUGGAGAGGCUGCAGGAGACGGAGAAAAUUAUUGCCGAGCUGAAUGAGACUUGGGAGGAGAAGCUUCGUAAGACAGAAGCCCUGAGAAUGGAGAGAGAAGCGUUGCUGGCUGAGAUGGGCGUGGCUGUCCGGGAGGAUGGUGGUACUGUGGGUGUCUUCUCUCCAAAAAAGACUCCCCACCUGGUAAAUCUGAAUGAGGACCCCUUGAUGUCUGAGUGUCUUCUCUACCACAUCAAAGAUGGUGUCACCAGGGUUGGCCAGGUAGAUGUGGACAUCAAGUUGACUGGACAGUUCAUCCGGGAGCAACACUGCCUCUUCCGCAGCAUCCCCCAGCCUGACGGAGAAGUGAUGGUCACAUUGGAGCCUUGUGAAGGAGCUGAGACCUAUGUCAAUGGGAAGCUUGUGACGGAGCCGCUGGUGCUGAAGUCAGGAAACAGGAUCGUAAUGGGCAAGAACCACGUUUUCCGCUUCAAUCACCCUGAGCAAGCACGGCUCGAACGAGAACGAGGGGUCCCCCCACCCCCAGGACCUCCCUCCGAGCCCGUGGACUGGAACUUUGCUCAGAAGGAGCUGCUGGAGCAGCAAGGCAUAGAUAUCAAGCUGGAGAUGGAGAAGAGGCUGCAGGACCUGGAGAAUCAAUACCGGAAAGAGAAGGAAGAGGCUGACCUUCUGCUGGAGCAGCAGCGCCUGUACGCGGACUCUGACAGUGGAGAAGACUCUGACAAGCGCUCUUGUGAGGAGAGCUGGCGGCUGAUCUCCUCCUUGCGCGAGCAGCUGCCCCCUACCACAGUCCAGACCAUUGUCAAGCGCUGUGGCCUGCCCAGCAGUGGCAAGCGCAGGGCCCCUCGCAGAGUCUAUCAGAUCCCCCAGCGGCGGAGGCUGCAGGGCAAAGACCCCCGAUGGGCCACCAUGGCCGACCUGAAGAUGCAGGCCGUCAAGGAGAUAUGCUACGAGGUGGCCCUGGCCGACUUCCGUCACGGACGAGCAGAAAUCGAGGCCCUGGCUGCCCUCAAGAUGAGGGAGCUGUGUCGCACCUAUGGCAAGCCCGAGGGCCCCGGUGAUGCCUGGAGAGCCGUGGCCAGGGAUGUGUGGGAUACUGUGGGUGAAGAGGAAGGAGGUGGAGGUGGUGGAGGUGGCGGUGAGGAAGGAGCCCGUGGGGCAGAGGUGGAAGACCUCCGGGCUCACAUCGACAAGCUGACAGGAAUUCUCCAGGAGGUGAAACUGCAGAACAGCACCAAGGACCGCGAGCUGCAGGCCCUGCGGGACCGGAUGCUCCGCAUGGAGAGGGUCAUCCCGCUGACACAGGAUCUUGAGGAUGAUAAUGAAGACUCCAGUAUGGUCGCCUGGGCCCCCGCAGAAGGGUCAGAGGCAGUAGAGGAGGCAGUGCCCAAUGACCACUCACCAGCUGUUCAGCCCGCCUCACCACCCCUGUCCAGCUGGGAACGGGUGUCCAGGCUGAUGGAGGAGGACCCUGCCUUCCGUCGUGGCCGCCUUCGCUGGCUCAAGCAAGAGCAGCUGCGGCUGCAGGGACUGCAGGGCUCCGGGGGCCGGGGUGGGGGGCUGCGUAGGCCUCCAGCCCGCUUCGUGCCCCCCCACGACUGCAAGCUACGCUUCCCCUUCAAGAGCAACCCUCAGCACAGGGAGUCUUGGCCCGGAGUGGGGAGUGGAGAGGUCCCAGCUCCCCAGCCCCCCGAAGAGGUCACUGCUCCCCCAGCGCCCCCUGCCCGCAGGCCUCCAAGUCCCCGGAGGCCCCACCGUCCUCGCAGGAAUUCCCUAGAUGGAGGGAGCCGAUCUAGGGGAGGGGGUUCCACACAGCCGGAACCCCAGCACUUCCAGCCCAAAAAGCACAACUAUUAUCCCCAGCAGCCCCAACCUUACCCAGCCCAGCGGCCGGGGCCCCGCUACCCACCGUACACCACCCCUCCACGAAUGAGGCGGCAGCGCUCAGCCCCUGACCUCAAAGAGAGUGGAGCAGCUGUGUGAGUCCCUCGUGCUGGGCAGACAGGGCCUAGUGGGGCCCUCGGUAGGAGGAAGGUGCCCGAGAUGCUGCUUCCCCGAGAAGCCCUGGGGCAAGGAGGCCAGAAAGCAGAGAGCAAGAGAGAGAAGGUCUGAGUAGGUGAUAGAAGAGGCCGAGUGACUGAGCUGGAGGCUGAGGGAAGGCAGAGGGUGUGGAGUUGGCCAGGAGCAAACCAAAGUGAAGGAAGAGCCAUAGGAAGUCGCCUUGGGGCCCACCCGUUGCAGUGGGGAGGUCCCCACAAACGCUGCUAUGGGCGGGUGGGUGGGCUGGGGUCUGCAUAGCCAGUGUUUGACUUUCUUUUUGAGUGGGUGCAAAGGGGAGAGAACCAAGAGUGAGGUGGGUUCUCCUCCCCGGCUCUUGUCUGUCUGUCUGUCCAUCUGUCUGUCUGUGGUGGGUUUCUGUUUCCAGGGAGGUGUGGUGGAAUCCUAAGUCAUUCCCUUCCCCUUCCAGGCCUCCUGCUAUAUUUAGGGGACCUGUCUGGUUUGGCUGGAGUCCCAUGAGAAUGUGGGACCUCUUAAUAAAGGAUAGAAAAUGGGGAGCUUGUGGCUGGUUGGGUCUUAGAGGUACAGGUUGUAUGAGUAAAAUGCAUCAUUUUAC